UGGAAUGAUCACCCACCGGGAUCUCCGGGUUACUGUUACAUCCAACGUUACCGGGCCCUCAACCCAGUGAUCCCACCACCGUAUGGGUCGCUCCCGACCGGCCGAUCGGUGCUUCACGACCAGUAUGCCAUGGAUCGGAUCCGCUUCUCAGGCAGCGGUCUCCAGGCCGCAAGUCCUCCUUCGGUAAUAGAGCCCCCUUCAAACCAAAUGCCGCAAUGCCUCUCAUCUCAUUGCGAGUUAUGCACUCGAAAUCAGUUCUCCGGUGAGGAUCACGGCGCUGCUGCUAAGGUUGUUCACCAGGAAACAGAGCCGGACACAACUAGUACGAGAGAGAUGGAGUACUAUGAGUUCCUUCCGCAUUGUGGCGGCGUCUCGCAUGGAGAUUCGGAGUUUGCUCAUCGGACGGCUGAAGAUGGAUCUUCUUCCUCUCCGGACUUCAUUGACUUAUCACUAAAGCUCUCUUUUUAAAUAUAUAUAUAUAUAUAAAGGGUGGAGGAAAAAAGCUCAUGGGUUUGCCGUCGUUUUCUGAACUGAAGUCUAGUUUUUUUGUUCUAAUCUUUGGGUUAAAAUGUCUAAUGUUUCCUGGACUUCAAGGCUUUGUGUAUUUUAUG